AUGAAAAUUGAUAUUAGAAAGACCUAUAAUUCUGUGCAAUGGGAUUGUAUUGAAGAAAUUUUACUUGGCCUUAGAUUCCCCAAUGAAUUCAUUAAGUGGAUUAUGGUUUGUGUUAAAUCCCCUAUUUUUUUUAUAAUGAUCAAUGGCAAACCUGGGGAUUUCUUUAAGAGAGCUUGUGGCAUUAGACAAGGGGAUCCUAUGCCCCCUUUAUUGUUAGUUUUGAUGUUUUAUUCAUCUUUUGCAAGAGUGAGAUCAGGAGUAUUAAGCAAAUUACUAGUGUUACAACACUUCUAUGAAGUUUCUGGAUUGCAGAUUAAUGAGCAGAAAAGUUGCAUCUAUUUUAGUGGGGUCAAAAAGUUAAGUAAAGAUGACUGUAAUGGAUUAAUAGAAAAGAUCACAAAAAGAAUAUCCCAUUGGACAGUGAGGCAUUUGAGCUAUGCAAGUGGACUUCAAUUGGUGAAUGCAGUGUUAUUUAGCAUGCAAGUAUACUGGUGUUCAAUGUUUAUUCUUCCUGUUUCUGUAUCCAAAGGAGUUGAGAAACUGUGCAAAUUUUUUUAUGAAAAGGGUCUGCUGACUAUAAGUAUGAACAAGUUUAAGUUGUUGAGCUUUUGGGGCACUACAAAGCCAUUGAAUGCUAGCUGGAGUUGGAGGAAUCUUAUCAAGCUGAGACAGGAGAUGAAAGGCUGCUUUGAGUAUUCUCUAGGAAAAGGGGAGCUAUCAUUUUGGCAUGAUCCAUGGUUGAAGGGGCAGGCCAUCAUUGAGGUAUUUCUUAACAUCUAA